GUUUCGUUGAAUUGCAAACGUUACUACUAGGCCCGUGUUUUCACCCUUGUGUCCCUCAAGACACCGUGCUCCAGGUCCUGCGACGUGCGCGCUAGUUCCUGCAGGGGGAGCCAGGCUGAGAUUUCAACAGGGACCGAGUUCAGCGUCUGCAGGAGAACGCGUUUCAGAGCAGAAAGAGUUCGAGCACUCCCUUACUGCAUUUGAAACCCAGUGUUCGAGAUUGAUAUAUAGAGAGAGAUGCACUUUCGCUUUCUGUAGUUUUUCUUAAUUCCGUUUUAUUUAUUUAUUUGUUUGUUUGUUUGUAUUGCGCUGCUGAGUAAGGCGCGUGUAGUGUCCGCUCCUCAAAUCAAAAACUUUCUAACUCUAUACACACAUAUAUAUAUAUAAACUUGUAGAUUGAUUAUUAUUAUUAUUAUUAUUAUUAUUAUUAUUAUUAUUAUUAUUGUUUUAAAGCGUGCUGUUUUGUAGGAUUUCGUAGUUUCUUUUUUCUCUUUGGUUAACCGAGACGCCUCUGAUGUGAAUGCCGCGUUCACAGUGCUGCUGCAGGGAUCUUCCGAGCCGCAUGGAGAAGCCACGGUCUCCGGAGCCCCGGGCAGACGUGCACCGCUGCGACCCGGCGCUGUGGCUGCGCUGGGAAGGAAGAGUUCUUCAGCAGCAGCACUUGCAGUAGUCCUUAUUUAAGUUUUGAAAGAUUUGGACUGUACUGGGACUGGGUGCGUGGACACUGUAGAUUUGGACUGUACUGGGACUGGGUGCGUGGACACUGUAGAUUUGGACUGUACUGGGACUGGGUGAGUGGACACUGUGACGAUGAGUGUGAGAUCGAAAGGGUACCCCGUGGAUCUCGGGGGCAGCUUCACUGAAGACGCCCCCAGGCCACCGGUCCCUGGCGAGGAAGGGGAGCUGGUGGCCACGGAUUCCCGGCAGUAUAGCCACAGCUUCUACUCCACCAAGAGCGAGGCUUCCACGGCCACGCCGCGCCGGCCGGACCUGGACCUCGGCUAUGAGCCCGAGGGCAGCGCCUCCCCCACGCCGCCCUACCUCAAGUGGGCAGAGUCACUGCACUCCCUGCUGGACGACCAGGAUGGGACCCACCUGUUCCGCACCUUCCUGAAGCAGGAGGACUGCGCCGACCUGCUCGACUUCUGGUUUGCCUGCAGCGGCUUCCGCAAGCUGGAGGCGAGUGGCGGCAACGAGGAGAAGAAGCUCAAGCUGGCCAAGGCCAUCUACAAGAAAUACAUCUUGGACAACAACAGCAUCGUGUCGAGGCAGAUCAAAGCAGCCACCAAGAGCUUCAUCAGGGACUGUGUGGUGAGGGUGCACAUCGAGCCGGCCAUGCUGGACCAGGCGCAGACGGAGAUCCAGGCCAUGCUGGAGGAGAACACCUACCCCGUGUUCCUCAAGUCAGAUCUCUAUCUGGAGUACACCCGCACAGGCGGGGAGAGCCCCAAGCUGUGCCCUGACCACAGCUCCGGCUCUGGGACCGGGAUGGUCCAGCCCGGGUAUUUGCCCACUCUGAACGAGGACGAGGAGUGGAAAUGCGACCAGCACCUGGAGGAGCCGGAGGGAGACCCCACUCCCACUAACAGGCUCACUCAGAAACUGCUGCUGGAGACUGCGAGCCAGCGAGCCGCCAGCAACAAGAGGAGCCAGGACAGCAGGGAGUACAGACACGGAACGUGGCGGGAGCCCGUCAACCCUUACUAUGUGAACACCGGGUACGCCAUGGCCCCCGCCACGAGCGCCAACGACAGCGAGCAGCAGAGCCUGUCCAGCGAUGCGGACUCCCUGUCCCUGACGGACAGCAGCGUAGAUGGGAUCCCUCCGUACCGAUUCCGAAAACUCCACCGUCGAGAGAUGCAGGAAAGCGCCAAAGCCAAUGGACGAGUGCCACUACCUCAUAUGCCUCGCACAUACCGGAUUCCGAAGGAUAUCCACGUUGAGCCGCAGAAGUUUGCUGCCGAGCUGAGCAGCAGACUGGAGGGGGUCCUGAGGGAGCGUGAAGCCCAGGAGAAGCUGGAGGAGAGACUGAAGCGAGUGCGAAUGGAGGAGGAAGGGGAUGACGCAGACGUCUCUGCUGCUCCCUCGCUGGUCAGUCACAAGCUGCCCCCUGUCCAGCCCCCGCACCACUUCAACUCGCGCUACUCCGAUAUGUCCUACAGCGGCAUGCAGCUGCGAGACGCUCAUGAGGAGAACCCCGAGUCCAUCCUGGACGAGCACGUCCAGCGCGUCAUGAAGACGCCCGGCUGCCACUCCCCGAAGUCGCGCUCUCCAGACGGGCUGCCCGCGGGCAAGCACCCGUCCAAACCAGGGCUGAAGGCGGAGGGGGCUGGCAUGUACCACCACAAGCACGUGUACCACCACACCCACCACCAUGGCACGGUGAAACCCAAAGAGCAGCCUGAGGGGGAGGCCUCACAGAGGGGGCAGAGCAACCUGGCCUGGAACGGGGAUCCGCACCACUAUGCAACCAAGUCUCGCAACUACGCAGACAGCAUGGGCAUGGCGCCCAACCCCAUGGACUCACUGGGGCACAGUAGUAAAGGAAGCACUCUAUCUAAACGUGCCUCCAAGAAGGCGGAACCCCUGAAAACGGAGGACAGCCGGAACUUUGAGAUGCCUGCGCCUCCCGAGGACAUGGAGAGAAACCAGAAGAUCCUGCAGUGGAUGAUGGAAGGGGAGAAGGAAUCCGGACGCCACAAAAAGACGCCGUACGGAAGCACCGGCGGGGUGAAGAAGGUGCCGAGUCACGAGCCGUCCAGACCCAGCUCGAUCGAGCGGCCGGGGGCAGUGCACCCCUGGGUCACCGCCCAGCUCCGCAACAACGUGCAGCCCUCCCACCCCUUCAUCCAGGACCCUACCAUGCCUCCCAACCCCGCCCCCAACCCCCUGACCCAGCUGGAGGAGGCUCGCCGGCGGCUCGAGGAGGAGAGGAAGAGGGCUGCCCCCCUGCAGGCCAAACAGAGGCAUAGAACCCAGAAGAAGCAGCCGUGCGAGAGCCUUGUCGUGGCGUAUUACUUCUGCGGGGAGCCCAUCCCCUACAGGACCUCGGUGAAAGGACGCGUGGUCACGCUGGGGCAGUUCAAGGAGCUGCUCACCAAGAAAGGGAGCUACAGGUAUUACUUCAAGAAGGUGAGCGACGAGUUUGACUGUGGGGUGGUGUUUGAAGAGGUUCGCGAAGACGACGCGAUCCUGCCCAUCUUCGAAGAGAAGAUCAUCGGCAAAGUGGAGAAGAUCGACUGAACUGGAGGAGGAGAGAUGACCACCUGAGGCAUGUGGGUGGAGAGAAGCAGGUGGAAUCAGCGUAUUGGAAAGGGAACAUGCUCUGUACAGAGGAGCGUGCGGCCAGGGUUUAACGGUACAAGGUUAAAGGAGGCUCAUCAGUCCAGGGGAGCCUUCGAAGGAGCAGAGAGGUCCCGAAGAGAGGAGGCGCUCUGGGAAACCUCAUCUGGACUGUAGGGCUUUCACUUUCCACAGAUAGAUGAACCAGCUGCUCGGUGCCACAGGAUGCAGUGGUGCUUCAAAGGCACAGUCUGCCCAGCGCAGGACACAGAGAGGUAUCUUCACCAUAUAUCGAGUGUAAUGUAGCAUUGUAAAGUUGUAUUAGGAACUGUGCCAUGAAUCUGUUUACUAAAGCUGCAUAUUUUUGAUAUAAUGCAAUGGAAUGAAAGGACCCUUUCUAAUGCACCCGUGCUCUCUCUUGUGCUUUCUUGUAGCUUUUGGUAUGUACAGGUACUUCACACAGUGACAGGCCAUCCGGAAAGGGGGAAAACAAACGAAACAAAAACUCCAGAGAAAUAGUAGCUUUGUUUUUUUAAUGAAAAACAGCUGUUGCUAUCAAUGCAUUGGAUUGUUACAAUUCACUUUGUAUUAUAUUUUCAUGAUAAUACUGUCUUUGAAAAGUGCUACAGGAGCUUCUCUUAGUUUGGAGUCCUUCGCAUGGCAGUAUGUGUCUUUUUUUAAAAUCCUUAGAUUUAUAAAUACUAUCCAACCACUUCGAACUGAACUUCGUGAGCCAGUGUUUUGUAUUUUCCUUAGUUCUGGUAUGUUAUGUUUUUGAAGUAUUUUGCUGGUCCAUCACCCUAUGAGAAUUGCACAGAGCCACCAUCUCUGCAAACCAGAGUAUAUCUGCUUGCUGUCACUUUCAUGAGCUGAUCUGUGUCGUUUUUGUUUUUAAAUAAACCUGAAUUUCUUUGUGCUGAUUGGAGGAAGCGAGGUCAUAGGGUGCAGGUCAGAGGUGCCUUGUUCAGGUGUACUUGCCUGUAUUGAGCUGCUGCUGAUCUCUGGAGGGCUGGAGCUGGCAGGAGGAAUCCCAGUAAAACAACUGGUACCUUCACUGGCUCUCGCUGAUACAAAAUCAACACACAGACCGAACAGGACGGGAGCUUUGUAUUUACAAAUCAAUCAAUCGAUUAGUGAAAUGUCUGCCACUUUGAUAUCUGAAAUCCCAAGUGACCUGUGGACGUUUAAGUGAUAUUGUAAAGAAUAAUUGAAUAAUGCUCUUAAUUGGUAGAAAUGUGUCCGUGUUUUUUAAUCAGUGGUUGACAGGCACAGUAGAAGUCUUCCUGGAGCCCCAUCACGGCUCUAGAGGCAGUGGAGUGUUCAUCACUGUGUGGCACUUGACAUGUGCAUUAUUAAAAUCAUUCAAAUAAUACAUUGUUUACAGAUACCUGAAUGUAUUAAACAUGUAUUCUAGGUUUCUGAAUGGGCUUCGUUAGAACCGGAGUCUCUGCUAAUCUGUUUCAUCACAGAGGUCCAAAGAGCAGCAGUCCUGUGAGAGGUAAAGCUACAGUUAACCGGCGAUGUGGGUCUUGUGCAGCGUGCUGUGGAUCAGCAAACAUCUCAUUUAAAAAAGAAAAAAAGGAUGCCAAUAUCAUGCUGUACCUCCCUGUCCAACUUGCAUUCAAAACUUGCAGGGAAUUGAAUUGAAUUGGUUUUAAUCUACUGUUGUAAAUCCACGUUAGAUUGAAGAGUUUUUUUCAGAUUCAUACUGGGAAUGUAAUGAAGGCAGGUUCGUUUGGAAACCGUUGGAACAGUGAACUGAUUGAAGGAUCGAGUCUGGGAGCGUUAGGUACCCCACGUAUAUAAAGUGUUUAACAAAGUACUGUUCCACACUAGAUUGCAUGGCCGCAUUUAUUUAUUUAGAGCUUUUCCUAACCUGCAUUUUCUUUUUGUUUGUACAAAGUAAAUGAAACCUCGUUGUAAAUGUUUUUACAGCAGCUGCGACUCUUCAGCCCAUGUGUUUUUAAUGUGAACUGUAUAAACUGUGCUGCAGUCUUGGGUAUAAUGUGGGCGAGUUUGAUUGGGGGGGGGGGGGGGGGCACUAAUCUGAAGAGUUUAUUCCAGCAGCAUUGCCCUGCUCUUCGUUACAAGCUCUUCUGGAUCCUGUGUUUCAGCAGGUGCAGAUGUCAAGUCUGUCUUGAUGAAAACGGAACAAUGAAAAAGUAAAACCAUGAAACUCCCUACGAGAGGUCUAAUGUAAAUAUACAUCACAGAGUGCCUUUUAAAUUGCAGUGUAUACAUGUCUGCCAUGCGAUUCCCCCGAGUGACAAACCAGUUGCUUUCAUCCAGGGACCUGCGUUUGUUUUUUAAUUUUUUUAUUUGCUCACUGGGGAUUGCUUUCUCAUGCGACCCAGCAUUCAGACUCUGGAGAUGAGUUUGUUUUAUUUAAAUGUUUUUGUAAAUAUGUACAUUUUCAUAUAAGUGUCUUUAACCAGCAGCACAUGGUGAUAUUUAGUACCCUGGUCACGUUUCAGUGUGCUGAGAUGUGCAGUUAUCUUUUAAAAGGUACUUGGACAAUAAAGAAAUGAAGAAAA